AUGGACGGAAUCACACUACUGCACAUAAUGGUGUCAGAAAUCAGGAGUCACACCUGGAGCAGCAAUGACACACAGCAUCACUGGUAUUCGGAUAUCAACAUCACCUAUGUGAACUAUUAUCUUCACCAGCCUCAAGUGGCAGCGAUCUUCAUUAGUUCCUACUUCCUGAUCUUUUUCCUGUGCACGGUGGGAAAUACUAUAGUUUGCUUCAUUAUAAUAAGGAACAAACACAUACACACUGUCACUAAUUUCUUCAUCUUAAACCUGGCGAUAAGUGAUUUGUUGGUUGGAAUAUUCUGCAUCAUCACAUUGCUGGACAACAUCAUAGCAGGAUGGCCAUUUGGAAGCAACAUGUGCAAGAUCAGUGGGCUGGUGCAGGGCAUAUCAGUUUCAGCCUCAGUCUUCACCUUGGUUGCAAUAGCUGUGGACAGCUUCUGGUGUGUCGUCUACCCCUUUAAGCCAAAGCUCACAGUCAAGACAGCCUUUGUCACUCUUGUGAUCAUCUGGGGCCUGGCCGGUGCCAUUAUGUCUCCAUCUGCAGUAAUGUUACAUGUACAAGAAGAAAAAUACUACUGUGUGAGACUCGGCUCCCACAACAAAACCAGCACGGUGUACUGGUGUCGGGAGGACUGGCCAAAGCAGGAAAUGAGGAGGAUCUACACCACUGUGCUAUUUGCCACCAUCUACCUGGCUCCCCUCUCCCUCAUUGUGGUCAUGUAUGCAAGGAUUGGGGCUUCCCUCUUCAAGACUUCAGCACACUGCAUGGGCAAGCAGCGCCAGGAGCAGUGGCAUGUAUCCAAGAAGAAACAGAAAGUCAUCAAGAUGCUGCUUAUUGUGGCCUUCCUUUCCUGGCUGCCCCUGUGGACUCUGAUGAUGCUUUCAGACUAUGCCGACCUGUCUCCUAAUAAACUGCGUGUCAUCAACAUUUAUAUCUACCCUUUCGCCCACUGGCUUGCCUUUUGCAACAGCAGUGUCAACCCCAUCAUUUAUGGUUUCUUUAAUGAAAAUUUUCGCAGUGGUUUCCAAGACAUGCUCCAGGUCUGUCAAAAGAAAACAAAACCCCAGGAAGCCUAUGUCCUAAGAGCUAAAAGCAAGAUGGUAAUAAACACAUCUGGCCUGCUGGUCCAGGAACCUGCAUCUCAAAACCCAGGUGGGGAAUAUUUGAUGUGUGGGAAAAGUGCUGAAAAUCCCACACAAGAAUCCCUGAUGGAAGAAAUGGGAGAAGCUACUAACAGUUCUGCAGCUUAA